CGAGGGGGCAGUUCUCUAUAACGCGGUCUCCGGGAGCCAGCGGGGAAGAAAGAAACCGAGCGGGCGGAAGGCGCCCUCCCCGCCGCCUGGGCCCGGGCACCGGGUGCCGGGCCCGGGGUCCUUCCCGCCUCCCGCGGCCGCAGGCCGCUUUGUUUCCCCUGCCUCUGCGCUUCGGGCGACUCGAGAGGGUCUCCCGCCCGGGCUGCGAAGGGGACGCGGCGGUAGAAGGGCGGCCGACCCCGCCGGGACUCACAGGGACCCAGGAGUCCGGCUGCCGGGAGGGCCGCGUGAGGAGAGCGAAGAGGGAGCCCAAGCUCUGCGGCCCUGGGUAGCGGGCCGGGGGCGCCCGUGAGCAGAGACCUCCCCGUCGACGGGGGGCGAUGUUCCCCUCUCCCGUGGGCUCUUCGGGUAGCCAGGGCAUCCCGCCGCUGGGACCUGGACCCCCUCAGUGGGCACCCCUCAGGCUGCUCCAUGGAGACCCUGUGUCCCGCACCCCGCCUGGCAGUGCCGGCGUCCCCGCGAGGGUCGCCCUGCUCUCCCACGCCCCGGAAGCCGUGUCGGGGGACCCAGGAAUUCUCUCCGCUGUGCCUGCGUGCCCUCGCCUUCUGCGCCCUUGCCAAGCCCCGGGCGUCCUCUCUGGGCCCGGGGCCUGGGGAGCUGACGGCGCGGUCUCCCGUGCUGCGGGGCCCUCACGCCCCCCUGCGCCCUGGCGGCUGGGCCCCGGAUGGCCUGAAGCACCUCUGGGCACCGACCGGGCGGCCCGGCGUUCCUAACACCGCGUCCAGCGCGGAUGCGGACGUCGCAGCGUGCCCCCGCCGCGGAGAAGAGGAAGAGGGCGGAGGCGGUUUCCCGCACUUUGGCGUUCGCUCCUGUGCACCUCCGGACCGCUGCCCUGCGCCCCCGCGCCCUCGGGAAUCUACGACCGGCUUCGCCUCGGCCCCGCCUCGCCCGGCCCCGGGUCUCGAGCCUCAGCGUGGCCCAGCCGCCAGCCCGCCUCAAGAGCCCAGUUCCCAGCCUCCGUCGCCACCUGCGGGCCUCUCCACCGAUCCCGCGGGUCCCGGGGCGGCGCCGGGGCCAUUCCUGCCUGGCCAGCCUGCCGAAGUCGAUGGAAACCCCCAGCCGGCCGCCCCCGAGGCUCCAGCGGCCAGCCCCUCGACGGCCAGCCCGGCUCCGGCCGCACCUGGAGAUCUCCGCCAGGAACAUUUCGAUCGUCUGAUCCGCCGGUCGAAACUUUGGUGUUACGCGAAGGGCUUCGCCUUGGAUACCCCGAGUUUGCGCCGGGGGCCAGAGCGGCCGCCUGCGAAAGGGUCGGCUCGGGGAGCCGCCAAGAAACGCCGGCGGCCGGCGCCCCCUGCGCGCACCGCGCAGCCCCGCCGCCCUGCACCGACGCUCCCCACCACGAGCACCUUCAGCCUCCUCAACUGCUUCCCCUGCCCCCCGGCCCUGGUGGUGGGGGAAGACGGAGACCUAAAGCCGGCAUCCUCGCUUCGCCUCCAGGGAGACUCUAAGCCCCCGCCCGCCCACCCGCUGUGGAGGUGGCAGAUGGGGGGUCCCGCUGUCCCUGAGCCCCCUGGCCUCAAAUUCUGGGGGAUCAACAUGGAUGAAAGCUGACCGUGGGACUUCUGCCAAAGGGGAAAAGUUGGGACCAUGGCCAAACCGCGGGCUUGAGGAGGGAGCCCCGUUUCUCACAUUUGUCCCCUUCCUUUACAUUUUAGGAGCUGUGGGCAGAGGGACCUAAAUGACAGUGAUCUUCAUUCAAGCACCUAAGUGUUCGGGGUGACAGUCCCUCCCCCUCAUCCUUUGCAAAGAAACCCAGGGCUGGAGUCGGGAGAAGGCUUAAGCAAAAAAGGCUGAUGACAUAGAUUCCAAUCCCUGCCCCCUUCCAUCUCGGACCGUUGGAGGCAGGGCCUGCACCCCAGUGGGAGCAAAGGAGGCUUCCGCUCAAAGACAGCCCCCCCCCAAAAAAAGGAGAGGAGAGAGACCUCGGUGAUGGACAAACCGGUUGUUACUGUGUCUGUGGGCGAGCCUGGGGUGCUGGGGCUGCGGUGGGGGUGGGGAGGUGAUUGGCAGCUCCCUGGGGGCAUCCCCCACCCCCACUGUCCAGGCCUUUAACCCUUUGCUCCCCUCAGGCCUUCCCUAACGCUCCAAGCACGGUUGGAGCCUUCAAUGGGUGAGGGAGCUUGGGUAAGAGGUAGAUCACCCCCUUCCUGUCCCCUGUCUAGGCCCCCUGAAGUGCAGGUGACCCCUAAUUGGUGAGAUCUUCAGUCUCAGCCGCCGACCUUUCCCUUUUGUCCAGUUUUGGAGUUCCCAUCUUUUUCCCUGUUUGCUUUCCGAGUGUAAGGUCUGGCCGGUGAGAAAGAUUCCCCCCAACCUUGAUUAAUCAGCCCUUUCCCCCAACUUACUUUCCGUAGGACGGGUAGGGCUGAGGGACCUCCUCUCCAGAAAAGUGCUUACUUUGCCUGGGGAAGGGGCAAGACACUGUCCCAGGGAAAGUAAUAGAAGGUGGAAGAAAUCAAUAAAAUCAGACCAAACAAGUCGC